CCACCUUCCUUUGUUCUUCGAGCUCUCUCUAUCUCUUUCCUACAGAUACAGCUCCUUGUCUUGCUUCACUACUAUCCCAGCUCUCCUGCACUGCAGCACAGACCCACGUCUCCUCCCCCAUGUAGUCUACCCCCACCAUAUUCACUCCCCCCUAAUCUCGGGGAAGAGACGCUCUGCCCAACUUUCAGCCUGUGCCAAACGCACGGAGUUCUCACUCCGAUAAAUAAUAUAUGUGCAGAAAAAUCCCUGGCAGGCUCCUGCCACGGUGAAGAUGCGCUGCGCCCAGGAUCUGCUGCAAGAGCUGCUGGAGUGAGGAGCUCGUGACAGGGGAUCCCGCAUGUUGUGUGACUGGAGCUCUGCAGACUAUGAAGCCAGCGGGAUGUUAGACUCCAUCUCGGCGCGGUAAUCCCAGAAAAAUGGGAAGGGCAGAAAAGAUGCCGCUUCUUCAGUAUUAACAGGAUGAAAGGAUAUCAUGGAGAAGGCAACCAAUCACAGCCUCCAUGUCACUGCAUCCCCGAAACACGAGAAAGAGCACUGGAGUUUUCUCAUCACUGCUCUGACCUCCGCAAAUCCUACCCUUGCAGCGCCUCUGAGUCUUGUUCCCUUGACCUUCACUAUUACCCUUCUAGGAGUGCUGGUGUGACCUCAGACUGCCCUGGUGGUGCUCUGAGCAUGCCAGAACCUCGGUCCUCCAGUGGUGGUACAUACCCCAGAAUGCACCACAACCCCCAGCAGUUCGACUGUGAUGAUUGUAUGGCUGCCCUCGCGCACCCCUCCAACAAGAUCAACCGCCUACCACCAACCCUUUUGGACCAGUUUGAGAAGCAGUUGCCUCUGCAUCAUGAUGGCUUCCAUACCCUCCAGUAUCAGCGUACCAGCACCACAGAGCAGCGUAGUGAGAGCCCAAGUCGCAUUCGUCACCUAGUGCACUCUGUUCAGAAGCUUUUUGCCAAAUCCCACUCCCUGGAGACACCCUCAAAAAGGGAGUUCAAUGGCACCCGGUAUGAGGGGGGACGUGGUGGGGAUGGCUAUCAGCAUUCUCAACCACGACACAGCAAGAGAAGCAAGAGCAAAGACCGCAAAUCAGAAUCCAAGCACCGGGCAAAAAUGGCAGGGUGGUGGAGCUCUGAUGACAACCUUGACAGCGACAGCAGCUUCUUGGUGUCUGCGCGUCAUGCCAUGGAGCAUGGAGCUCCCUUUGGAGUGGACACUCCUGAAAGUGCCUUCAGAGACUUGACCUUGAAGAGUUUAAAGGGUGGAGGUGGAGAUGGCAAGUGCCUGGCCUGUGCCGGAGUGUCUAUGUCACUGGAUGGGCAGACACUAAAGAGGAGUACAUGGCACACCAUGACUGUCAGCCAGGCAAGGGAUGCUUAUACAAGCUCAGGGGGUCACCACCAAGACAAGAUGUUGAUGCUUCAGGAAGGCAAGGGGAAGGAACGAGGCUAUCAUUACUUACAGGUUCCACCAGAUGAAUGGGGGGGUUACCCAUUACCAGGCAAAGAAGGAGAGAUUCCCUGCAGGAGAAUGAGAAGUGGCAGCUAUAUUAAAGCCAUGGGGGAUGACGACAGUGGAGACUCUGACACCAGCACCAAAAUGUCGCCCAAGGGUGCUACCAGGCGGGAGAGAUAUCGCAGAUCUUCAAGUGUCGACCACCCCAGAACCAAGUUUCCAUGUAAGCGAUAUUCUGACUCAUGUCUCUGUAACUGUCCCAGCUGCUGCACUCCACCCAAAAUCCAUCCUAAGGGACAGGGCUAUGGUCUCUCCAUCACGGGUCAGUUAAAAGGGGAGCUGAACCAUCAGUCUGGGGCCAUGUGUGAGUCAGUUUUUAGUGAGUUGGAAUCUCACGCUGUAGAAGCCUUGGAUCUCCCUGGCUGUUUCCGAAUGCGCAGUCACAGCUACCUCCGUGCCAUCCAGGCUGGCUGUUCCCAGGAUGACGACUGCAUCUCUGUUUUCUCUGUGUCCGCUCCUUCAGGAGCUCUUGCCAACCACAUCCUAAAGCCCAACACUUCCUUCAGUUACCGCAAAGCUCCACCACCCAUCCCACCAAGGCUCCUCUCCAAGCCCCUCAUCUCAGUGACAGCCCAAAGUAGCACAGAAUCUACCCAUGAAACUUUUCUGCACAAUGAGCCUACACGAUUGCCUUGGUCCAAAGGUACUAAAGGCCACUGCAACUCCAGUGAGAGCCUGGAUGCAACCAAGUCCAGGGGACUGUCUUUGGACCUGGCAACUGCCCAGCACAGAGCUUCACCCAAACCUCCCACUGUGAUCAGCAAAGCUCUGCCAUUGCAGGAAGAACUGAAAGGAGCUCUCAGGCAGAGAAAAUGGCGCCCUUCUAUAGGAGUGCAGGUUGAGAACAUCUCAGAUUCUGACACAGAAGGAAAAAGCCGGAGAGAAUUUCACUCGAUUGGAGUCCAAGUGGAAGAUGACAAAAGGAAAGCAAGAUUUAAACGCUCAAACAGUGUGACUGCUGGAGUUCAAGCCGACCUUGAGUUGGAAGGGUUUCCAGGACUCACGGUUCCCACAGAAGACAAGGGACUUCAGUUUGGGCGCUCCUUUCAGCGACACUCAUCAGAGCCUUCAGACUCAAGCCAACAGUACUCAGUAUACAAGACAGUGCACACCCAGGGCCAGUGGGCAUACCGAGAGGACUACCAAAUGCAGUAUGAUACAGCAGAGGAAGCUCAACAAGAGUCCUGGAUGGACAGGGGUACUCACAGCCUUCCAGAUUCUGGAAGAGCAUCUCCUUGCCAUCGUGAUGGGGAGUGGUUUAUCAAGAUGUUGCAAGCAGAGGUGGAAAGGAUGGAAAGUUGGUGCCAGCAAAUGGAGAGAGAGGCAGAAGAGUAUGAUCUACCAGAAGAAAUACUGGAGAAGAUCCGCAGUGCGGUGGGAAGCUCCCAGCUCCUCAUGUCUCAGAAAGUGCAACAGUUUUUCCGACUUUGCCAACAGAAUAUGGAUUCAACCUCUUUUCCACUGCCCACCUCUCAGGACCUAGCUGGAUUUUGGGAUCUUCUCCAGCUUUCCUUUGAAGAUGUGGGAAUGAAAUUUGCAGAACUGCAACAGCUAAAGGAAAAUGGUUGGAAACUGUUAGAAUGCAAGGAGGAGAAGAAGUUGCCCCCUCCAAUACCAAAGAAGCCUCUCCGCCAGAAAAUACACCCUGUGAAGGAUCGCUCCUUGGAUUCUGUUGAUCGCCAGAGACAAGAGGCCAGGAAAAGGCUACUGGCAGCCAAGCGGGCUGCCUCCUAUCGACACAACUCUGCCACAGAGAGUGCUGACAGCAUAGAGAUUUACAUCCCUGAAGCCCAGACCAGACUGUGAAGAAGACAAUGUACAUUAAUCUUUUGUACGCGCUGUAUAUAAUAUUAUACAUAUAUAUAAAGAAGAUUUAGAGAUUAUUAUAAGAACAACAAAAAAAACACUUAAAAAAUGACCACAGCUGUGUAACUCUCCCACUCACCCCACUUAAACCUCUCAUCACCAAACCCCCUUCCCUUUCAAAGGCAGAGCUAGAUUAACCUCCAGUGCCUCUUGCACUGCUAGGAGUAAAGAUGUUUGUAAUGGUCAGGACACACCCAUGACAAAGGCAGCAUGAUAAAUGCCCAUGCUGUUUGCUGAAGUAACUAUGAACAUGGCCACUUAUAAACACUGUGUCUAAUUCCUUAUUUUACACACCUUUACAGGUACAUUUAUAAAAAUCCCUGUUUGUGGUAUUAAUCUUUUUACACCUAUAGGGUCAAAGGGAUUUUGACAUUGGAUGGAAAUUAUUUGCUUACACGGUAGCGUGCUUUUUUUUUUGUUGCUAGGAAUUUUUAGGUUUAGUGGUGUAUAAAGCACUAUAAACUUUCAUGCUGUUGCAUUCACAUACAUUGGGAGUGCAGUCAGUGUAUACGUUCCUGAUUUAGAUGGAACUCAACAUUAGCUACUGCUAAUGUCAAUCGCUAUAUUUAUAACACUAGAAAUAUUUUUAUUGGGAUUUUGACAUUGAAUGAAAAUGAUUUGCUUACCAGACCGUGUGUUUUUGUUAGGAACAUGUUGGUUACAUGUUGCCAAGAGGCACUAUAACCUUCCAUCUUGUUGAAUUUUCAUAUAUUGAGGGUGCAAUCACUGUAUAUGUUCCUGAUUUAGAUGGAACUCAACUUUAGCUGCUGCUGGUGUCAAUCACUAUAUAUAUUUAUAUCCAAAGUAACAUGGAUACAUUUCAUAGACAGAAAACUUAUAGAUACAAGGGACACUAAUAUUAAAAUACUUAUCGAUUUUAUAUGAAAAUAUGUAAAAUAUUUGAUGGAAUUUAUGGAUUCCUAUAUGUUUCAAAAUCUAAAAAGUUUAAAGUUCAUGUACCUGCAUUAUCAUGUAUCUUAAGUUUGUUUAAGACACUGACCAUUUGUUAUACAAGACAUAUCUAUCUGGGACUUUUACAAGUCACAUUUAUGGAAUUUCAGUUUGUAUUUUGACAUUAGUGUUCUUUAAUUGCUAUCAUUUCCAUUGGUUUGAAAUCUAGACUGAUUUAAUCAAAUCAGCUGUUCAUAGCCUGCAUUCGGACUUUUGUUCACUUUGCAUCCAUGUUACAAGCAUGCUCAAAAUGGCUGCUUUUCUAUUGAUUCACAGAAUCAGUGAUUGCAUCUCAGAUGCCAAAAAUAUAGAAGUGUAUUAACCAAACAAUUGUGCCACAAAUUAGCAUAAAUGGAAAUGUUACCGGUAUGAAAUCAUUAUAUGAGCUACCAGAGAGACAUGAAACGUGCAUAAAAUGGCAUCAGGGAGGAAGAAAACUAGUUCUUCUUGGGUAAAUGUUCUUUUUAAUGUUUGUAAACCUUGCAAAUGCCCACAGAAUAUUUUAUAUCCCCUGAAUUUUGGGUGAAGACAUGCAGGUGGGCCGCCAGUACUAACCAGCCAUCAAAUAUAUUUCUCUAGAUAUAUAAUAAAUUCCUUAAAAGGGGUUUGACAAACAGCUUCCUUUGAGACAUAUGAAAAUAUGGACAUCAGCAAGUUUUCACUUGUCUAACUUAUAGUUAUCUAGGGGUUCUGUGGCCAUGCAAGGUCUAAACCUUGGUGGAAAGUGUACUCAUCACAUGUAAAAGGAUAUUUCCUUGUGUGCACCUUACUAGGUCAAAGGCUAACUCAGCACCUGUGCAUGGACACACGAGCAUGACUAUAAAUGCUCAAGCACAAAGUGAAAAGAGAAGCGGAGUGACUAUAAGUAAUAGCACGUUACCUUUUUAUAGGUAUAUACUUGAGUACAGAAGAAAAAUACAAGAACGCAUUCAAGCUUUCUCCUGUACUAGUUUGUUCUGCUUUUUACAAGUCUACUCUGUGAUGUACCACCAAAUUAUACACAGAUUAUAACUAGUUAGGUGUAAGUGAUAAUUUACCACAUAUCUGGUUGCCUUAGGAAUCCAUUUUAAAUAUUUAUUGUAAUUUACUGGAAGUUUUGCACCCCAUAGUAAUGGGAAGAUGUACAUGUUCCAUACAUGAUAUUAGAAAUGGUGUCCAUGACAUAAUUAUACAACUUUUUAUAAGUGUCCUGUUGUGGGAAUCUGCAGAUCUGUGGGCUUCUUGAGUUUUGUAGAUUUUAGAUGCUGCUGAGAAUGGCAGGGAUGAAACCGUACUUCUUCGGAACAUCUUUUUUCACUCCUGUAAUGGAAUAAGCCAACUUCAGUGCAUCAAAGCUAUUUUGACUAUUAACACACUCACAGGAGCUGAAUAGACACAUGCUUCUUUUUCUAGAUGACCAUUUUUUGCUCUCUGAAAAAUCAAAAAAGGUUAACAACCAUUAGAAAAUGGAUUUAAGAGCAGUGCUAAAAGUAGAAUUUUAAAAGGGGGUUAAAAAGCAAGACUUACUAGGUUUUUCUAAAAUGUUUUUUGUCAUUUCUAAGUGCCAACAUAUUCCACUGCGCUGUACAAUAGGAUAACAACCUGGAAAAACAGUAACUUUAUUUCCAUUUCGACCUAUUCCUUGGUCCUGUAGAUGAUAUAAGCCAAAUAAGGGGUUUGGACAUUUUGAUGAGAGUAAACUUGCACUGCAAAUGUUUGCUUUUGUUUUGGUUUUUGUUUUUUUUACAGACUGUUGCGUUUUUGCCUUAACUUUGGCAAAUGUUUAUAUUUAAUGGCAAACACUUCUAAAACUCUAUUCUCCAAACCAGGAAGGGAAUAAAUGACUACAGAAAAAUGGAAUUAUUUAUUCCAAUAGUAGGUCAUUUGUUUAAGCAAAGAUAGAAGUGGUGCAAUGUCCUUACCAAAGUGAAGUCAUGGAUGUUCACGAAUAGCUGUGUGCUUAGACUUCUAAGAGAACAGAUCAUUGCACUGCAUUUUCUAGCUGGUAUCUAGUACAAAAGAAAUUUGUUUCUGAAGUGCAUUUCUGUCUCUAUCAACCAUGUUAUAUCUGUUGCUAGCUACUUCUUCUUCUCUUCCUUCACAAAAUAUUUGUCGAAUGAUUAACAGGGCAACAAGAGAGACAGCAGAUUCCAUGGCCUUUGGGGAACCGUUGAGUAUAAAGGGCCAUGCAAGGGAUCCAGUGAUGCACACCACAACUGAAUGCACUGUUUGCUGCACAAAACAAGUUAACUGACUGUUGAUUAAAUAUAUUUCCACCAAGA